AAGUUAGUCGCUUGCAAAACUAGGCAGGCCUCUCGUUUGCUUGUUCAUCUCUGUGACUUCAUAUGGCAGCGCGGUAUUGUUGACUACAGCCACGACAUGCCCGAACUUUCAUUGCGAAUGCUGCACCGAACUUUGGUGCUUCUGUUCGUUCUCUCGGAUGCGACCGAGACUGAGAAACUCAGCCCGUUGGCGAAGAACCUCAUAGCAACUCUCAGCUCUUCUGGGAUUCCGGUCAUGAGAAGAGAUGUUGGCCAUGAGAAGCGACAUGAAGAUCCCGAGAUUUGGCCGAAAAAGGCAUAUCCGAGGCAUUUGACAGCAAAAGAGCACGUGGUAAGCAACUCUCGGAUGAUGAUCAGCGUUGGCAGUAUGGCUGAUACCAAGUCUCACAAGUCCCCCGCGAUGCCGGAGGAAGAAACCGAGGAUAUGGAGACCUCUACGGUCUCGCCGGAAGAGUCAGAGUCCACCUCGGAGGAGGCCGAGGCCGGCGACAGCGAAGAGGAGGAAACAACCAGUUCUCCAGCAAGGACCACGACCAAGACCACGACUACAAGCACGAGCACCACUGUAACUGCCACCACUACAACUGCGACUACCACAACAGUGACGACCACAGAGAAGGCAACGACAGCAGCCACCUCGACAACCACAGAGAAGGCAACAACUUUGAAAGCCACAACGAAAGCUACAACCGCUACAAGUGCUACUACCUUGACGACUGCGACCCACACGAGACCUUGCAAUCAGGUCACGACCAGCACUUCACCGAGUACUCGACACAGUCUUGAGUACUUGCAGGCCGUUGAGGCUGGUGAAGUAGCUGCAUCUGCAGCGAAAGCGGAAGGCUUGCCACCGGCACAGCAAGCUGCACGAGCUGGCAAGGCGGCGGCGGAGGCAGCUGCGGCCUUUGGCUUGAAACCGCUGGAGAUGCUCUUGGCCGCGGGGCAGGCGGCUGCAGCUGCUGCAAAGGCUGCAGAGCUUGCAGCGGUGGAACAGGUACGAGCAGCUGUCCUAGCGACCGAAGUUGCUGCUCAGCAGGCUGGCGUUUCGCAAGAGAAGGAGGCCACGGCAGCUGCCAAGGCAGCCUUGGCGGCAGCAAAAGCAGCUGGUCUCAGCAGACAGGAGCAAGCCGUGGUCUCCGGUCAGGUUGUGGCUUCAGUUCGGCAGAGCUUGCGUGAUGCACUGGCCAAGAAGAUCCAGGAGAUUCACACAGCGACUGCCACGAAAGCGCCCACUUCACACAAGUCCAACAGCGAGGUCCAUGAAGCAGUGGUUGCCGCCCAUGAAGCGGCGCAGGCGGCUUCACAGGCGGCGGCACAGGCGACUGAUGCCGUGAAAUCUGCAGAGAGUGUGAAUAAGGCGAAUGGUUCAGACGUCCCAUUGGAAGAAACCAAAGCACAGACUGAUGGAGGAGGAGCUGAGAUCCAAGAUAUGCUGAAAAAGCUCUCAGAGCAAGUGGCAGAGACGCUGGCCAGGUUGGAGAAAGUGGAAGGUGUCGAGAGAAACUUGGAACAAAAACAGGGCGAACACAAUUUUUUUUCUAAUACCAAUGGCCUCCAACCUAACAGCAAUGGCCUCCAGCCCAAUAGCGAUGGCCUCAAAUCUAAUAGCAAUGGCAUCCAACCUAGAAGCGAUCAGCUUGAACCUAAAAGCGAUGGCCUCCAGCCUAGAAGCGUCGGCUUCAACCCAACAGCAAU